AUGGCCUCCCCAAUGCUGGAAAUCCUCCCCACCCUCCUAAAACGUGCCAAUGAUACAGUCAACAACACCCACACAGGUGACUUCGACCUUUGCGUCGACAUCACCCCUGAAUGUCCUGUCGAGGCCACAAUCUACGGCUACUACCCAAACCUCGGCGCCAACGCCUUCUUCCUGGCCUUGUUCGCCGCCUGCCUCGUCGCUCACACAUACCUCGGCCUCCGCUACAAGACAUGGACAUACCUAAUCGCUCUCUGGUUUGGCUGCUUGGGUGAAGCCCUCGGCUACGCUGGUCGAAUAAUCCUUCACCACAACCCUUGGGACGGCAAUGGGUUCGACAUCCAGAUCUGCUGCUUGAUCAUUUGUCCUGCAUUCUUCGCUGCGGGCGUGUACUUGACACUCAAGCACAUCGUUAUUGAGCUCGGCCCGUCCUACUCUCAUCUUCCCGCUCGCUGGUACACCUGGAUUUUCAUCCUCUGCGACAUCCUCUCUCUUGUUCUCCAAGGCGCCGGCGGUGGCAUAGCCGCAACAGCUGAUCAUGGUUCCAACAUGAUCGACGUGGGCAACGACUUGAUGAUGGCUGGUAUCGUCUGGCAAGUGAUCACCUUGAUCGUAUUCGGAAGUCUGUGCACAUCGUACGCCUUACGCCUCCGCUCGAACAAGAACAAUCUCCCGCCAAAAGCCUAUCAGCUUCUGCACACCACGCGCUUCCGAGCGUUCUUGGGCGGGCUAGCACUUGCUUAUAUUACCAUCUUUACCCGAUGCGUCUUCAGAAUUGCGGAGAUGGCGAAUGGGUGGAAGAACAGCAUCAUGCAGGAUGAGACGGAUUUCAUUAUCUUGGAGGGCGUAAUGAUCGUCAUCGCGACGCUGUGCUUGACGAUCUUCCACCCCGGAUUGGUCUUCCCGGAGAUGCAGGACCAUAAGCUCAAGGGAUUGAGUGGGGUAACAGAACAAGAGGUCAAGGAGGUGCACCAGAGCAGCCCUGAGGAUGGAAGUCCGUUGGGGUAUGGGAGGAAGUGA